AUGGAAGAAAACGACCAAAAGGAACUCGAGCUUCUGCCUUCUUCGCACACUGUAGCAUCGGCAUCUCGCUUGGCCUCCGAUAAUUCUUCUCUGCUGCGGUUCCGAUCGACGGUGUCGUCCUCGGAAGGGACGCCGUCUCUGGAUUUACAGUUGUCGAUCAGCGUGAGGCCGAUGAUAAGACCGUCGUCGGACUGCGCUUACAAGGAGGAGAGGAGUUCGUGCGUGGAGGCGUUGAAGUGGGAGGCGGCGGAGCAGAUACGGGUGGCGGCGAUGGAGAAGGCGUACGCGGAGAGGGUGAGGGAGCUGACGAGGAGGGAGAUGGAGAUGGCGCAAUCGGAGUUCUCACGCGCGAGGCAAAUGUGGGAGAGGGCCAGAGAAGAGGUUGAGAGAGCCGAGAGAAUGAAAGAGAGAGCCACUAGACAAACUGAUUCUACGUGCAUGGAGAUCACUUGCCAAUCCUGCAGGCAAAGGUUCAGGCCUUAAUCUGCUUCCAAACGCUUCCACUAUUGCUUCAACUUAUAAUUAACUGCUUGAUUUCAAUAUUUGAAUCCUGUUCUCACUCAAUUAGCUUCUGUUCUUCUUCUUCUUAAAUUUUCUAAUUUCUAAUAAAUUAAUAAAACCAAAAAUAAAGAUUAA